AUGUAUGCAAACGACAUCAUCAGAUCACUCCACGCUGCUGUAAGAGCCGGCAACUUGCAAGAUGUCCUGGAAAUGCUGUCGAAAGGAGCAGACCUCGAAGCCGCAGACAUUUUUAAGAUACGACCGAUCCAUAUUGCUGCGGAGGAAGGCCACUUGGACAUUCUUAAAGCGCUUAUCGCAAGGGGCUUGAAGGCACUAGUUUCUGCGAAUGCAGACGUAAAUGCUGAGGACAACCUAAAAGUCACCCCACUUGUUUCCGCUGUGGCGCAGAAUUUUGAAGACGUAGCCAAAUUUCUUGUACAGAACGGUGCAGUUGUAAAUGCUAGAAAUUCAGAACGUGUGACACCACUGCAUUUCGCAGCAGAAAUGGGAAAUGUUAACAUAGCAAAGCUGCUGAUCCAGAGCCAGGCCGCGAUUAAUGCAAAGAAUCUGGAAGGCUUCACUCCAUUGCACGUGUCUAUACAGAACAGACAAGCCGCAGUAAGUCAGUUUUUAAUAAAUAGUGGAGCAGAUGUGAAUGUGACAGAUGAAGAGGGAUGGACCCCUUUGCAUAAUGCAGCGCACAGUGGAUACCCAGCGGAAACCGCUAGACUUUUGAUUGCGAAAGGUGCUAGCGUGAAUGCGCGGGAAAAGAUUGGACGAACACCCCUGCACCUUGCUGCAGCGAUUGAUUUCACCGAUGUAGUGAACAUUCUGGUCACAAACAAAGCUGAUGUUAAUGCGACUGACGACAGGAUGUGGACGCCAUUGCAUAGCGCAGCUUACGACGGGCAUUUGGAUACUACAAAAAUUCUAAUAACUGUCAGCGAUGCUAAAAUUGAUGCGAGGACUGAAAAGCAGACUACACCACUGCAUUUUGCAGCAGACUACUGGCAUGUCGAAGUAGUUAAAUACCUUUUGGCAAAAGGAGCCGAAGUUAAUGCUCGCGAUCACACAGACUGGACGGCACUUCACUUUGCAGCAGAUGAGGGUUCCAUCCUAGUACCUCUAGGGGCUUCGGGACACUCGGGUGCAGAAGCGCAGCACUCAAAAAUGAGUACUGUGCGAGCUCUCAUCGAAAACGGAGCUGAUAUAAAUGCAAAGGGAAGCAACGAUGAAACAGCUCUGCACGUAGCCGUUAAGUAUGGCGAUUUAGCAACCCCUAGAUACCUGUUGGAGAACGGUGUUAACUCCUCACUUUUGAUGAGCUCUGCAAUACUAUAUUCCACAGACUGUGCCAUCCAAUGGUUCCCAUACUGCUCAAGGUGUGUUACAUUUACAACAAGCCAAUUCGUGGUGAUGCAGUACCAGCUAGAGUAA